GUCCAACUCCUCUGCCAAGCAUACGCCUGGAGGUUUGUUGACAAGAUUCAGUCGAGAUUAAAUAUGGACGUCUUAAGCGAGGCCACCACCAUCGUCCAUUGCCUCGAACGCUAUUCCCGACGCGGGCACGUUAUUGCUGUAUCCUCACCAUCCAUACAUACCUUACCUAUCUACAACGUGCCUCUUCCCUUGCACCAUCCAUGCUCCAAAUCCCCAGGCCUGUUACAUCUCAUAAUCCGUCCCCAGGGCACAGAACCUUGAGUCUCUGCUGCUUCUGCUCGAACCCCAACCUGAUCCAGAAUCCACCAGUGGUCGGCCGACUCACCACGAGACUCCACACUCACUCUGAGACCAACUUUACCCCCUGCAGACCGUACUCCAAACCAGCGCUCCAGACCAAAGACCCGUCACCGCAAACAGCACUGAACUGCAACUGCGCAAGACAAGACAAUUCGUCCACACCAUCGACGAGCUCGUUGAUGCGAAUCUCAUAUUCACCACCGUCUGUCCUCUCUCGCGCGUUUUCCCACUGUUAGGAACACUAGGCCCUCCCCACGAGACGAGACACCUCCCCUGCCUCCACCCGACACUCGACCCCCGACACCCUCCACCGCACUGACUCACUGCCACGCAUCUCCCAUCCUACCUGUCUCGAGCCUUUCCUAUAUGGUGAUCUUGACCAGGGUCCAUGGCGCAGACACCUUGAACAAAGGGCACGCCCGCUCGCUUUGAACAGCCAGCCUCCCAAGGAAUGGCUGGUGUUUCGACCUCGGCGACGUCAAAUGUUGUGUUGAAUGGGGUCAAAUCCUCACACGAUCCUGUAGGGUCCUUCCAAGAGAAUUCUACCGUUCCCAAAACUCGACCUACGGGUCACCGUCAAAAUUCUACCGGCUCCUCGCGCAUGCCUCUAUCUACCCUGACAUCUAAUCGCAAAGACGGUGGUAAUGGAACAAAUGGCCGAGCCACCCACCUUCGUGUCGAAGAGCUGGGCCAACAGCCAGGCUCUUUGACACGCAGCGGCAGCGAAUCCGAUAGUCUCCUAGACCUAUACCGAAGAGAUCCCAGUAGCGGAAAUGUCAGUCAGCAAGCCAUUGACAAUGACAUCCCCGAGAACAUGUACCGGCCUCAGAACGACGAUCCUGAAGGGUGGAUUCACCGCGACAAGCUGGCCAAAAUUGAAAGCGAAGAACUACAGGCCGCAGGCAUCAAUCUAGCCAAUGCACGACGAAAUAUCGGCAAAACCCCGCGAAGAGAAACAAGUCGAGGACGCAAGAGCGAAGACAAAACACCUCCCGACGCUCGAAUCGCCGAUUCCGACCAUGUAAAGUCUCGUCUGGCAGACCCCGUGACAGAGGAAGAUGAUGAUGAUGAUCCCGCCAACUGGGACAUUCGAACCCCUGAAGAGAUUGCCGCCGACAAUUCGUCUGCCUUUUACUCCAACCCUGUGCUGAGAAAGUCGGGGUCCAAGAUCCCGGUCUUGACUUCGAGUCCCCUGCCCAUCUCUCAGGAUCAUAUCGAACGUGACACCCCGCUGGUCAGGAAACGCACGAUUAGCAAUAGCAUGGGCAUGGAUGAUGCGACCAUCACGCCCACGAUCAAGAUGAGAAGAGGAAGCACAAGCAGUCAGCGACUCGGACCGGAGGACUUUGACCCCAUCACCAUCACACCCACGCCGAUCAACGUGAUCAAAGCCUCGGCGUCCAAACCACCAUCAUCUCCAACAAAGACAAAACCAAAGUCCGCUCAGAAUUCUCUGCUCGACGCAUCGACAGGCCGCAAGACAUCGGGUAAUAGCAGGAAGCCCUCGACCAACGCCAAAGGCGCUCUAGCACCAUCACCCAAUCAGCGACCCGGCACCCGUUCCGGCGACUUGGAUCGGCCGCGGACAGCCAUCAACAGACCCGAAGGAGAUCCUCCGUGGUUGGCGACCAUGUACAAGCCGGACCCGCGGUUACCUCCAGAAGAACAAAUCAUUCCGACCCAUGCGCGGAGACAGCAACAGGCUCAAUGGGACGAAGAAGGUGCCAUACCCACCACAUACGACCGUAACUUUUCCCCGCUGGCCAUCCAUACAGGCAACGGCCUGGUCAAGGAUGCCUCACCGAGGCUUGAAUCGUCCCCAGAUCCUGAGAGGGAUUUUGAGGGGGAUGCAUGGCCUCUUAGGCCUGUGCCAGGAGUCAAGAACCUUGCCAAUGCCAACCACCGACCGGGGACAGGUGGAAGUGGGAACGCGGGCUACAGCACCAUGCCUCGAGUCACGAGUCCGGCGGUGAUGACGAGUCCGAGGAUGGGCAGUAUUUCUUCCGGCCCAGGCCAUCAGACCAGUUCCAACAGGAUCCAGGUCCAGCGGAUGCCACAGAGAAUGGAGGACGAAAAGACCAAGGAUAAGAGCUGUGGUUGCUGCGUUGUCAUGUGAAACAGGAAGCGACCGAGUGCCGUCGCGUCAUGUCUCCAUCGAAUUCAUCGCCUCUGCACCGCGACAUGGUGUGGAGGCGGAUUGCUACUCUUUUUUCUUGUCCAUGGCAUGUCAUAUCAGGGUUCUCCUUUGUUCAAACAGUCUCGCUUUUGCUUGCCUUUGUCUUGUUCUAGCGCUUUAGCGGGAAGCGGAUGUGGUUUUCUACGAGUCGGGUCACGUCAAUUGAUUGUUUGAUUGGGGAAAUUAUCCAGCGGUUUAGAGAGGCGGGUGUAGGUCACGGGCGUGUGGUCACGACGGCCCAUCAACACAUUUUAGUUGACUGAGGAGUCAGGACUUUGCCACGAACGCGCCUGGUGAGAAAAGAAGGUUGGAGAUAAAGUACUUUUGUGAAGGCAUUGAUGGUAUUGAGGAGACAGAGGGCCAAAAGUCAGAGGUGGAUGGCGGCCAAUAUAAGGGUGCCACACGGAGCCCAUGCCAGACGAGUCUGAUAACCGGGGCUUGAAUCAUGAUACAGAGCCAUUCAUGCCUCAAUCAGUGAUGUCAACCUCGACAUGGCACAUAGUGGGUGCUUUAAAGCGCAUGAAGCAGAGUUCGUGGUUGUUUCUUCAACUGUCCUGGCGUGGCUGUGUCUUGAGCAACGACAUGAGAUGUAUUUGGAAUGUAUUUGGACUGUAUUUGGCAUGUAUUUGAUUUGGAGUUGGUUAUGUAAUCGAGGUUUCAUCAGUUUUGCUAAUCACG